CACAGACGUUUCGUGAACGCAAACUCCAGCUUGGGUCGAGCUGAUAUUCCUUAGCGUACACCACAAUCAUGCAUCCUUUUGGUCUCUCGCAUCACUUGGAUUUCCAGAAACUCGCUCCAAAAGCCUGGAAUUAUCAUUAACGAAUCGUCCUUCUCCUCAGCACCAGGCUUCCCUUCCUCCGGACGACCACGUAUUAUGCUUUGUUACUACAUAAGCGCUCAUCAUACAUGGGACUGUAUUCUCCUGCAUGGAGAUUUGUAGGCCAACACAUGCGAUGGACUGCAAGCAUGGAAAAGAUAGUCGAUGCGCAUGCCCGACGCGCCAUGAAUGAACCAAUACCUCCCUAUAUAUCGAUCCACACACGGCACGGCGACUUCAGCCAGCAAUGCGAGGAGUUUCCUGUGGAGCAGUGCUUCGCCCCGUUGUCUGUCAUUGCGCACAGGGUGUCUGAGGUGCAAGAUGAGCCUCGCACACGAAAAGGGAUUGAGGCCACGCAUUUUAUCAUGACGAGCGACGAAAGGGACCCGGAAUGGUGGUCAGAUGUUGGGGCAUUGGGGUGGACGUGGGGAGAUUAUGCAGCGGAACGCGCAGAGGAGAUCUAUGGAAAAUGGCAUCCGGUGUUCAUCGAUGCUAUCAUUCAGUCGAAUGGAGCUGGCUUCGUUGGCACUCGUGGUUCCAGAUGUCCACACUAGCUAGCCGUAGAGUACAGUUAGUGGCAUGGCAGGGCGACUCAGCUCGUUAGACGGGGGUGGCCGUGCGCGGACGACCACUGAUGCUGAUUGGAAUGAUAGAAUCGAGACUACUUUGCGCUUCACAAAUCAUUCGCUACAAUUUUUAUUUAUUUAUGAUGCGCAUGAUGGUCGUUCUCCAGCUCGAAUUCACUGCAGGCGAAAGCAAGCUUAAUCUUCUUGAUGCACAGUACUGGA